UCUUCCUCCUGGUUCGAUUAGAACUUGGGGAGAUUUAGAAGAACAAUUCUUGCGAAAAUUCUUUCCUGAGUCCAGAGCUGCAAAUUUGAGAAUGGCCAUUAGCAGCAUUAAACAGAAGAAGGCGGAGAGUCUAGCCGAUUAUUGGGAGAGAUUCCAACAGCUGUGUCGCAAGUGUCCUGAUCAUGGAUUUUCUGACUACCAAUUGCUUACUAACUAUUUUUAUCGUGGUAUGUCUUCUUUUGAUAGGAAAAUUGUUGACGCUGCUUGUGGUGGAAGCUUGACCAAUAAAACUUUGGACGAAGCAAAGCAACUCAUCGUUGACAUGGUUUCAAAUGGCCAACAAUAUGAGGAUGAGGAUGAUGAUCGUUAUAGGCCAGUGCAGAAAGUAGAAGAUUCCAACAUGAACGAGAGAAUUGAUGCUCUCACCUCUUUAGUUAGAGGACUUGCUGAUAAUAAUACUGAGCAAGCGUGCAUGGGAUCCGCUGAUGAGCAAGAGAUGAACGCACAAAGGCAAAGGCGAAACGACCCUUUUUCCAACACCUACAAUCCAGGGUGGAGAAACCACCCAAAUUUUAGGUGGAGACAGCAGGAACCAGGGAUGUACGCGCCAAAUCCGCCGCAGGCUGGACAGUAUGCCCAUACCGCACGUCCUGCACCGAGUUCUGCACCCAAUAUGAACGAUAUCAUGAAGAGCCUCGCCCAGAGCAGUGAAAUUGUGAAGAAUUUGGUGCAAAGUCAGCAGGCAUUCCAGCAUGAAACUCAGGCAGCGUUGAGUAAUAUGGGCACACAAAUCACGCAGUUAGCCACUCAGGUGAACAAGCUGCAGGCGAAUCAAGGUCGACUUCCUUCUGUCACGGAGAUGAAUCCCAAGGAAAAUGCAAGUGCUGUAACUACAAGAAGUGGGAGAAUUCUAGUUGAGCCACAACUUAAGCAGCAGGACAAAGAAGAAAAGCCCGAUGAAGCCAAGGACGAUGCAAUUAGUGAGAAGUCACCAGAAUCCACCGAGCCUAGCUCUUCUAAGGUAAGUGGAAAACCUAAGGUUUCAAUUCCUCAAUCACUGAUUGCACCACCUUUUCCUUCUAGGUUGGCUCAGAACAAGAGAAUUGAAGAAGAGAAGGAUAUUCUGGAAAUAUUCAAGAAGGUAGAAAUAAACUUGCCCUUGCUUGAUGCAAUUAAGCAAGUUCCCAGGUACGCAAAGUUUUUAAAAGAGUUAUGCUCUAAGAAAAUGAAGUUUGGGAAUGAUGCGAGAAUUCGAGUGAGUGAGAAUGUUUCUGCUGUUCUGCAAAGAAAAUUGCCCCAAAAGUGUCGAGAUCCUGGUAUGUUCACUAUUCCAUGCAUUAUAGGUAAUAAGACUGUUGAGAGAGCCAUGCUAGAUUUAGGAGCAUCCAUAAAUGUCAUGCCUUAUUCUAUGUAUAAGGAUUUGCAAUUAGGACCUUUGAAAGACACUCGUGUUAUCAUUCAGUUAGCUGAUAGGUCUACUGCAUAUCCCGAAGGUGUUGUUGAGGAUGUCCUUGUCAAGGUCAAUGAUUUGAUUUUUCCUGUGGAUUUUUAUAUUGUUGAUAUGGAUGAUUCUGCUAAGCAAUCCUUGAUUCUUUUAGGGAGACCAUUCAUGAAAACUGCUAAGGCAAAAAUUGAUGUGGAUAGUGGAAUGCUUAGCUUUGAAUUUGAUGGAGAUGUUGUCACAUUUAAUAUUUUUGAGGCUAUGAAGCAUGUUGAGGAUCCUGAAUCUGUGUUCAUGAUUGAUGUUAUUGACCAUUUGGUUGAGGAAUUUGUUGAGAAUUUCAGGGAGGAUGAGCUUGAGCAUGUUAUUUUCAGUUCCCUAACUGAAGAGAACUCCAAAACUGAGGAGAAUGAAGCCAUUAGAGAGAUUAUCAUGCAGCUGUACUCAACGGAGGAAAUUCCAGUUCGGCACCUGUCGAGCAGGAUGCCCAUACCGACCAGCACAGAACCGAUUUUGCCCUCUGUUGUGAAGCCACCGAAGCUGGACUUGAAGGUACUGCCCCAGCAUCUGAAAUAUGUGUUUUUAGGAGAGGAUGACACGCUAACAAGAGGUAAGGUUGGUAAGUCUUCUUAA